GUGGGUGGAAGCCAGGAGGGGCGGAGGGAGGAAGCUGGCUUCCUGAAGCCUCUCAGUCCUCAAAGAUAGACGGACUGACAGACAGCUGGCAAGAGGCAGCCUGGGGGGACAUAGCUGCUUCAGCAGGCCUCAUGGCUGAGUGAGCCUCCCUUGGGCCCAGCAACCCACCCCAGCAUGGUCCAGGCCUGUGAGGGGCGCUCCAGAGCACAGCUGCCGACCUCGUCUUUGGGGACAGACAUGACUCAGCCUCCACCCACCAAAGCUCCGGCCAAGAAGCAUGUGCGGCUGCAGGAGAGAAGGGGCUCCAGCAUGGCUCUGAUGCUGGAUGUGCGGUCUCUGGGCACUGUGGAACCCAUCUGCUCCGUGAACACACCCCGGGAAGUCACCCUGCACUUCCUGCGCACAGCUGGACACCCCCUUACACGCUGGGUUCUACAGCACCAACCUCCCAGCCCCAAGCAGCUAGAGGAGGAAUUCUUGAAGAUCCCCUCAAACUUUGUCAACCCUGAAGACCUGGAUAUCCCUGGCCAUGCCUCCAAAGACCGAUACAAGACCAUCUUGCCAAAUCCCCAGAGCCGUGUCUGUCUUGGCCGGGUGCAGAGCCAGGACAGCGACUACAUCAAUGCCAACUACAUCCGGGGCUAUGAUGGGAAGGAGAAGGUCUACAUUGCCACCCAGGGCCCCAUGCCCAACACUGUCACAGACUUCUGGGAGAUGGUGUGGCAAGAGGGCGUAUCCCUUAUCAUCAUGCUUACCCAGCUCCGAGAGGGCAAGGAGAAAUGUGUGCACUACUGGCCCACAGAAGAGGAAACCUAUGGGCCCUUCCGGAUCCGCACCCAGGACAUGAGAGAGCACCCAGAAUACACUGUGAGGCAGCUCACCAUCCAGCAUCAACAGGAAUGCCGCUCGGUGAAGCACAUCCUCUUCUCAGCCUGGCCAGACCACCAGACUCCAGAAUCAGCCGGGCCCCUGCUGCGCCUGGUGGCUGAGGUGGAGACCCCGGAGACAGCUGCCAACUCCGAGCCUAUAGUGGUUCACUGCAGUGCAGGGAUCGGACGGACAGGCUGCUUCAUCGCCACCCGCAUCGGCUGCCAGCAGCUGAAGGCCCGAGGGGAGGUGGACAUUCUGGGCAUCGUGUGCCAGCUCCGCCUAGACAGAGGAGGCAUGAUCCAGACGGCAGAGCAGUACCAGUUCCUGCACCACACUUUGGCCCUAUAUGCAGCCCAGCUGCCCCCGGAGCCCAGCCCCUGACCCCUAACCCUCCACCAGUCCAGGGGCCAACCUCCUCUCAGGCCUGGGACAGUGGGUCUGGGGCAGUGGGCGGUGUGCUCUGGCACGGCUUCUGCAUAAGCACAGGAAAGGCCUCCUUGGAAUGCCUUACCGUCUCGGGAAACCGCCCCAGCAAGCAACAGGAGCCAGGCCACGGGUCUUCCCCACCGACCGUGACUCUGCCUUCUUCGGUGGCUCCCCAGUGGACUACAGGACAGCUUCCUGUGGCUGUGAACUUACAGAGAGGAGCUGGUCCUUGAUGGAUUGAGAGAACAGCUGGGUACUGGCUUCUCUAGGUGCUUUCUGUGGGCUCCUUUUCUUGUCGGUGACACAAAGAGUCAGUCAAACAGAAUGUUCCUGAAAGCCAUUCCAGAUGUAGCCCUGCUGCUGGGGCUGCAGAGAUGGAGAUCUUUGUAAGAUCCUUUUCUAUUAAGGCCUUGCCCACACGCAGGCCAGAUGCAAGAGCAGGGAAAAUCCUGGUCUGGCGUUGGUCAAAUCCUCUCUAUCCUACAUAGCCCGCUCUUCCCCAUACACCUGUGAGAGCUAGAUGACUCCCUCAGAAGAGAAGGAGAGCCUCGACUGACCUGCCUCCACGUAUGUCCUAAAAGGAGAUGCCGAGGUAACCAGGUCUAGCAGCUGGGAUCACUGGAAGAACCCAAGUGUGAUGACACACCUGUCAUCCCAGCGCUCAGGAGUAGAAGCAGGAGGAUUGCUGCAAGUUUGAGGCCAGUUAGAUCUACAUUUGGAGUACCAGGUCCAGCCAGGACGACAUAGCAAGAACUUCUCUUUAAAAAAAAAAAAAAAAAAAACAAA